ACACACACACACACACACACCGCUGCUCUAUAAAACCACAGACACUCAAACACCGACACAAACACAGACGGAGACUGUUUCUACCUGAAGCAUGGGCGUCAUCAUCUCACACAUCUUCUCCAGGUUCACCUCCAGGACACCUGUCCGCAUUUUAAUGGUGGGUCUGGAUGCAGCAGGUAAAACCACUCUGCUGUACAAACUGAAGCUGGCUGAGGUCGUCACCACCAUCCCAACCAUCGGUUUUAAUGUGGAGACCGUGGAGUAUAAGAACAUCAGUUUUACAGUUUGGGAUGUUGGUGGCCAGACCAUCAUCAGACCUCUGUGGAGACAUUACUACACUAACACACAGGGUCUCAUAUUUGUGGUCGACAGCAACGACCCUGAGAGGAUUAAAGAAGCUGCUGAUGAGCUGCACAUGAUGCUGGAGGAAGACGAGCUGAGGGGCGUGGCUGUACUGGUCCUCGCUAACAAACAAGAUUUGCCCAGAGCCAUGUCCGUCAGUGACAUUUCAGAGGCCCUGGGCCUAUCAGGGGUCUCACAGCCGUGGUUCGUCCAGGCGUCCUGUGCCAUCAGUGGUACAGGUCUGGCCGAGGGUCUGGACUGGCUCUCCGACCGCAUCCUAAAACAGUAGAAUGGUGAACUAUGAACUGAGUCCAGCCAGGACAAACAUGAAGGAGGCUUUCCGACAUGUGCUGCUUCCUUUACAGUGACAAAGCAGGUAUUAAUAUGUCCGUCAGGAUGUGAAGAGAUCUGCUGAGUGAUCAGAAUCAAACUGAUAUACAUGAUCCCGUUUAACAAGUAUCCGAUGAGCCUCAUGUUGGGAACCACCGUUCUGACAACCAGGUGGAUUAUUUUUAUAGGAAACACUGAUUUUCCAUCUGUGAGAGAGUCAUGUUACAGCAGACGUUAAUAUUCAGAGUUUUUCCACUUGAAACAAAUUGCUGAUAGGUGGAUAAAUUUGUUUUUAAGGACGUCUCAUUUUUGUGCUGCUAUUUGGAUAAUCAGUUAUUUCUGCAACAUUAUGGCCUAUCUUGUUUUCUCACCAUCUUUAUAGAAAUGAAUUAUUUUAUGUAUGUA